UCUUUCCCCUGCUGAACACGUGAAACCAGUUGACAUUGUGCAACUUCUCCGCUAGUAAUGGGAUCUGGUUAAGGGUCACCACAUUCCAGUUCACAAAUUGGUCACCAUGAGUUCAUCCCAUGCGCUGCUGUGUCUGAGAUGCAGGAGUCAUCUUAGCUCCAAGACGAUGGCUGCUACGUUGCUGUAUUCCACUCAAGUUCGCCACUACGCGACGAUUACAAAUGCAGCCCCCAAAAUCCAGAAUGGAUUGUUAUUUUUUAGAGGGACUCACAGAACAAUGCAGAAGUGGAAGCAACACAUGUUCUGUUUCAGUGACUUUGCCAAACAUUUGGAAACAGAGACCAAGGAAGUCAAGUUGGCAGAGAAGUUAUCAAGAACUGAUGUUGUUGUAUAUGAGAGCCCAAUCCUGCCUAUCAUAGAUGCUGUGUCUGUGAAUGAAAGGCAGGUGCCAUUAGAUUUGGAUGCUACAGACGAACUUUCUGCAUUGGAGGAGAUCAGCGAUGAAGAGGCAAUCAGUAUAACUCUACCUGCAGCCAUGCCCCCAGCCUCCACAUCUCUCAGAGACUACAUUGACAAGUCUGAAACACUCAGCAAUCUGGUUCAACUAGGUGUGAAUCUUUGGAAACUUGAACAAAGGCCCAACGUGGGAUCUAUGCUACUGAGGCUCAACUACAAGACAGAUGUGGCCCCGAGGCUGCUGUUUCUCAAAGACAUUGGGGUGGAGGACUCUCGCUUAGGCUUUAUCAUCACACACAACCCCUACAUUCUUACUGAGAGUUUGGAAAGCCUGCAUGCCAGAGUGAACUAUCUCAAGUCAAAGAACUUCAAUUCUGAGACUGUUGCAUCCAUGGUAUCCAGAGCUCCAUAUCUACUAAACUUCAGUGUGAAGAGGCUGGACAACAGACUGGGAUUUUAUCAGCAGCAACUCCAACUCAGUGCUUCUAAUACCCGGAACAUUGUAGCCCGUCUACCCAGACUCCUGUGCGGCAGUUUGGAACCUGUUAAAGAAAAUCUGAAGGUAUGCAAAAUAGAACUUGGCUUCAAGGAAAAUGAAAUCCAGCACAUAGUAAUUGCCGUGCCAAAAGUGCUGACUGCCAAUAAAAGAAAGCUCACACAAAUAUUUGACCUUCUCCACAACACCAUGAAGGUGCCACACCAUCUGAUCACCAAAUUCCCACAGGUCUUCAAUACUAAGUACUUGCGUAUCAGAGAACGCCACCUGUUCCUCGAGUACCUUGGAAAAGCUCAGUAUGACCCAGCACUUCCCAGCUACAUCUCUCUGGACUGUCUUGUCUCCUUGCCAGAUGAGACUUUUUGCACUGACUUGGCUUCAGCCUCCCUGGAAGAUUUUUAUUUGUUCCAAAAGACAAUUUGAUUCCUCAUGAGAAGACAUAAAAAUGGACCAGCACACAGAACAAAAUACCAUAUUAGAUAUAUGCAGAUAUAAAUGUAAUUAAACAUGUAAUAAAGAGCAUCGAUUGA